AUCAAAUUUGCAUGGCGGUCCGGUUUGGAUGCUUUGAAGUUAUCGAAGAGUCUUUUGAUCGUCAACAAAGAUUAAACGUCAAAACAGAAUUCUGUUUCUAGAACUGCUAAAUAUAAAUUUGAUAACAAUUGGUCUUUCCGCCUAUAGGUAUUAAAUCUCCUUUGAAAGUGUUUGAUUGACACCUGUUACCCGCCAUAUAUACCUGGCCAGGUAAACGAUUGGAUAAAUUGUGCUCCUUGAUCAAUUACUUGAUGUUACAUUUUCCUCGUGCUGUUUAAUAUUAACCAUAAUGCCGCCUACUGCUGAAUCUGUGCUACUGCAAAGAAGACCGGUGUCAGGGCAGAAUAGGAUAACCUCACAGUUUCUGCCCCAUGCCCCCCCUUCAGACCGUCCCUCCAGUUCUCGUUACAACCGGUGUCUGAAUAGAGAUACAGUAAAAAUGCGUAUGAAGAUGAGUGAGGACUCAGAAGGAGAACUUGUUAAUGGUUCCGAUUCGGAUGUGAGAUUCCAGUUCUUCUACAAAGAACCCUGUCUCUACAGCCAUCAGACCUACAAUAAUGCCAGCAAAAUUUUCUCGACUCUGAGACAUGAAAGUCUGGAAGAAAGGGAGAAUCCGUAUCUCAAAAAAAGGAAUAAGGUUGCUUUAUCAGAGAGGGAGAUACCCCAGCUUCACUUCUCAAAUGACCAGGACAAAAGACUGGCCUUUGAACUGGCAUUUUCCACCCUCAAAUAUCAGCUGUUGUUUGAAGAGAUACUGCAGGACUGUGCUUUCUUCUCCUCCUACCCAGAG